GGAGCUUAGGAAAAAGAAUUAUACACUAUCAUAAAUUGUGUUUAAACCUUAUACAGUUGUACAACCGUAUGUCCUCAUUCAAAAUGGAGAAUAAAACCCCGUCAUUUGAGCAAUUGAUGCUGAAAGUUGUUUAUGACGGGGAUAUAAAGAAUUUAAUGAAGUUUUUGCGUUUUGGAAUAAGUACAAAUAUUUUCGACAACAAUGGUGACCCACUGUUAUUCACACCCAUAGUUAAUGGAAACGUUGACAUGUUGGAUGCCUUGUUGACGCAUGGUAAAUGUGACCUGAACAAAUCAAGUCAGGAAUAUAGAACACCGUUGAUGUUAGCAGUUGAGAUGGAUGAUAUUAGAAUGAUAAGACAUCUUAUCAAAGCAGGUGCUAAUGUGAACACAAUCGACAAUUUAGGCAAGACUGCAUUAUUGCUUGCUUUGGAAGAGGGAAAGUUUGAAAUAGCAGAAUAUUUAAUCAAACACGGUAGCGAUGUUAACAGUGUGGAUGACUUAGGUCAGUCAGCAAUGUUCCACAUUACUAGUGGAGAAAGGAGAGACUGCUCUAGAAUCAUCAAGAUCCUUCUUCAAUGUGAUUACAAGAUCAAAGAAAAUAUUGAUCAGAUUUCAAGAGAAGAAAUUGCCAAGUAUCAAAAGCAACAAGAAAAGAAAAUACCUAACUUAGUAAGAAAAAUAAGCCUGAAAAUGAAAAGAUUACCCAGUGUUAGAAAAAGUUCACGGAUUACAAAAUUCUCUUGAAAGAGUUGUGUAAAGUGAUAAUACUUUCCGUUCCCUUCGGAGGAUCUCCACAGCCUUCUCCCUCACAGCUGGCAGAACUCUUUCAAUAGACCUUGAUGUUUCGAUUUCGAGAAUAAGAGUCUUUGGAAAAGGGAAAUAAAUCAGCUUGAAAGUCAGAUGAAGAGGUUUUUAUGUGGUGAAGCAUUAAUCCAAAGAAAACAGAAUGAUGUGCAAUUGUAACAUAAACAAUGAACAAACAGAAGUUCCUAGAUGAACUUUUACUAAAACAGUCAGAAUAAACAGAGAGUCGCCCUCUGAUA